AUGUUCUCGGGCUCAAACUCCUUCUUGGGCGGCGCCAACCAGGGUCGCCCAGGCCAACAGCAAUAUGGCCAGCAACCCCAGCAGAACUUCACCGGCUUCGGCCCUCAGGCUACAGGUUUCAUGCAACCGCAAUACACCGGCAUGCCCCCAUGCACCAGCAACAGUCUCUACAGCCUCAGGCGACUGGUUUNNUCCACCUCAGCAACAGUCCCUCCAGCCUCAAGCAACCGGCUUCCCGCCUCAGCAACAGCAGAACCAGUUCCAGGGUGGUCUCAUGCCCCAGUACACCGGCUUCCCUCCCCAGCAGCAACAACAGCAACCACCGCAGCAGCAGCAGUUCCAAUCGCCCCAGCCGACUGCUGCCCCCAGCAGCUACCUCAACCCACCGGUAUGACCUCGUCGCAGAUGGCCGACUCGUUCCGUUCCACCCCUGCUCGCCAGCAGCCUCAACCUACCCAGACAUCAUCCCAGUCGUCCAAGAUCCCCAACAUCCGUCUGUCCUUCAUUACUGCUCAGGACCAAUCCAAGUUCGAACAGCUCUUCAGAUCUGCUGUUGGCAACGAUCAAGCUCUGUCCGGCGACAAGGCCAAGGACCUUCUCCUUCGCUCAAAACUUCCUGGUGACGCCUUGUCUCAGAUCUGGAUGCUCUCGGAUACCACAAAAUCUGGUCAAUUGCUCUUCCCAGAGUUUGCCUUGGCCAUGUACUUGUGCAACUUGAAGCUUACCGGAAAAGACCUCCCUGCCCAGCUGCCCGAAAGAGUCACAAACGAGGUCUCUAGCAUGGUCGACAUUAUCUCCUUCGGUGUCGCAGAUGCACAGUCUGCCUCGCAGCCAGCAAGCAAUGCUCCCAGCUUCCCCGAUGUGCCAACUAUUCAGGCACCUCAACCUCAACCAUCCAGCAGUCAACUCCUGUCACAAUUGAACCCCCAGCCUACAGGCUUUCAGCCUCAGCAAACUGGUUUCCAGUCGCAGCAGUUCCAGUCUCAACCUACUGGUCUGCAGCCUCAACAGACAGGCUUUCAAUCUCAGGCUACAGGAUACACAGGACCUCGUCCUCCUAUGCCUCCCAUGCCGACCGGCUUUGGUCAGGGCCUGUCACCACAGCCUACUGGCUUCCCCAUGGCCCCUCUGAACGCUCAGCCCACUGGUCGUCCUGGACAGUGGGGUCUUGUUAAUGCCCCAGCUUCUGGUCUUCCCAAUCUACAAGCCCUCCAGCAGCAAAUGAUGCCUCAGCCCGGUCGCGAGACUGGCUUCAGCACUGCCGGUCUCCGUGGUAAUGCCACCGUCCCAUGGGCCAUCACCAAGGAUGAGAAGAAGAUCUACGAUGACAUGUUCAAGGCCUGGGAUGGUUUAAGUAGAGGUGCAAUCAGUGGUGCCACCGCAAUUGAGAUAUUCGGCCAGAGUGGCCUCGAGAAGGAUGAUCUUGAGCGCAUCUGGACUCUGUCAGACCCUCACAAUAGAGGUAAACUCAAUCUCGAUGAGUUUGCUGUGGCCAUGCAUUUGAUCUACCGUAGACUGAACGGCUACCCUGUCCCAGCUAAGCUUCCUGCUGAACUUGUACCUCCUUCCACUAGGAACAUCAACGAUGCUAUCGGAACCAUGAAGUCGCAUCUCUCGCAAGAUGCGCAAUCAAGAAGAACCACUGGCGCAUUCUUGCAGCCUCAGAAGACUGGUGUCAGCUACCUCAAGAACCACUCUUUCGCUGGCGCAGGUGCAAGUAUUGCUGGCCCACGCAAAGACGCUACCGUUUAUAAGAACAACGAUGAGGAUGUUGGUUACCGCUCAUCUGCACGUCGUCGCACAGGCGAUGCUGGUCGCACUGCCUCUCCUGCACAGGAGAAGCCUGUCGAAGAGAUGUCUGUUGAUCAGUUGAAGAAGGCUAUUCGUGAAAAGCAAGUUCUUCUUGACGCCAUGGACUUCGAAGAUGAGGGAAGAGCCGACGAGGAAGACGCACUUGACCGUAAAGAUCGCAAGGAAGCAGAUGAGCUUUACAGACGUAUUCGCCGCAUUCAAGAAGACAUCGAUGGACACCCAAAUUCUGGAUUCCGUACCACUGAUUCGGAUGCCGAACGUAGAGCUCUGAAGAGACAGCUCCAAACCCUAUCCGACCGCCUGCCCGAGCUGGCAUCUCACGUACGACGCUGCGAGAGAGCCAUUGCAGAUGCUCAGCUAGAGCUGUUCCGCCUCAAGGAUGCUAAGGCCAACCCCAGCUCAGCUCCUGCCAUUGUUGGUACUGGACCUGGAGGUGCUGUGACUGAAUCCGAUCGUCUCAAGGCAAGAGCAAGGGCAAUGAUGCAGGCUCGUUCUGCCGCUCUCANNCAGGCAAACCUGCUCCCGCUCCCGCUUCGGGUGACGAUGGAGCAGGUGCUGCAAAAGAGAUUGGAAGACGAGAGUAACCGUGUCCGCCUCGAAAGAGAAGAGAACGAAAGAAUGGUGCGUGAUGUCGAAGACUCAGUCACGGAGUUCAGCAGAACCAUCGAGUCUAGUCUGAAGGAAGGUUCUGAAGAUGCUGCGACCGAGCACGAGAGAAGAAGAUGGGAAGACGGACUUGGUGUUGAGGACGAGGUGAAGGACUUCAUUUUCGACAUGCAAAGAACCAGCAGAACUGCUCGCAUCAGAAAGGAUGAAGCUCCCAACCCCCGUGAUCGUGUCGUAUCGCCACGCGCUGAAGAAGUUAGCCGUAGCAGUAGCGCGCGUGUCGAGAGUCCUGCUGCUAGAAGCGAGACGCCUCGUGGAGGCUCUUACAACACUUACAAGACCGCAGAGGAUCGCGCCGCCUUCAUCAAACAGCAAGCUGAGCAGCGAAUGGCUGAACGUCUUGCUGCAUUGGGUAUUAGAGCACCCGUCAAGCCUGGCGAGUCUGCACAACAGCGCCAAGAACGCGAGCGCAAGGAACGCGAAGAUCGCCUGCGCCAGGCGGAGCAGGACGAUGCUCGUAGAGAGGAAGAGAGACAACAGAGACUGGCUGGAGAAAGCAUUGCGCCUCCUACUGCUGAGAAGCCUGUUGGUAAGAAGGCCCCGCCCGCUCCUGCACCCCGCAAGAACCGUGGCGACUCCGUUGGCAAGCAAGAAGAGCAACAGGCAAAGGCCGAGGCUCAGAGAUUCGAGCAACAACAGAUGGAGCAAGCCAUCAAAGAGCAACAGUCAGCUCAAGCAUCAGAGACCAAGGAGCUUGAAGAUGAAGAGCGCCGUCAAGAGGAAGAACUCCGUAGGGAACGUGAAGCUGCUGCUGAACGCCUCCGUGCACUUGAAGAGCAAGUCCGUCAAGGCAAACUCAAGAAGGCAGAAGAAAAGAAGAAGAGACAGGCAGCUUCCAAGGAGGCCGAGGAGAAGGAAACGCGUCUCAAGGCUCAACGCGAUGCUCAACGUGCAGAGAUCGAAGCUGCGAAGGAGAGAGAACGACAGUUGCAACUGCAGCUUGAGAACAUGAACGACGACAGCUCGGACGAGGAUGACGGGCCUCAGACCAUCACUCCCAUGGAAAGCACACCCGCUGCCAGCCAAGAGCUCCCAAGGGAAGUGUCGCCCACCCCUCCUGUUGAAGCUGCACCUGCGCCGCCGAGCGCUCCUGCCCCUUCGUCUGUGCCCACUACGGUCAUCAGCCCUCCUGAGGAAUCGAAGAAUCCGUUCUUUAGAAGCAUGAAUCAACCCGCGGCUCCUUCUGCGCCCAUCGCAUCGCCUGCUGCCGCUGAUGCCGCUUCGACCAACCCCUUCCAUCGUCUCACUCAGCAAGAUACCAACAAGACUGUCUUGCCUGAGCCUGCGGCACAAUCAGCCCGUCGCACCGCCAAGCCAGCAGAUGAUGAUGACUGGUCUGUUGUCGACUCUGAGUCUUCCGAUGAGGACGACGACGGACCCACAGGUGGCAGUGCCAAACAACUUGCCUCGAUGCUUUUCGGAACCAUGGCACCUCCACGCCCACUGUCGGCCAUGGAGACCGGCUCGCCUGCUUCUGCCUCUCCCGCACCUCCUGCCGCAUUGCCGCCGCUUCCUCCACCAACACCCGAUGUCCCUCCCCCGCCGCCAAUGCCAGAAGGAGGUGUUGCGCCUCCUGCUCCCCACCGCCACCACCAAUGCCUACAACCGGUGCGCCACCCCCGCCUCCCAUGCCGACCAGCGGCGCUCCUCCACCACCUCCUAUGCCUUCGGGCGGUGCACCCCCACCUCCUCCCAUGCCCUCCGCACCAGCAGCUAGUCGCGNGUGGUGCACCUAACAUUNCUGGUCUAUUGGGAGAAAUUCAGUUGGGCAAGGGACUCAAANAGACAGUCACGAAGGAUAGGAGUACUUCGUCUACUGCCGGUCGUGUCUUGGGUUAG